AUGUCAAUUCUUAUUAAUAGCAUUGAAUAUACAAAUGUCUAAUCAAUUUAAAACGGUUAAUUAGGAAAUAUUUAUUUUGCUAAAUUAAAAAACGAAGAAGUUGUUAUAAAAGAAUUAUCUCUUAAAGAACAAGAAAUAAAUAUUUUAGAAAAUUUGAUGUCUAAACCACUUAAUAAUUUUGUAAAAAUUAUAGAUUGUGAUAGAAAAUCCUACAUUGUUAUGGAAAGAGGAGAUGGCACCUUAACAGAUUUAUUAUAAAGCUAAGAUUUUAAAUAAUUAAACUUGUUAUAAAAAAUUAAGUUAUUUUAAUAAAUUGUAAAUGGAAUUUAUGAACUUCAUUCUAGAAAUAUAAUUCAUAGAGAUUUAAAACCUGAUAACAUCAUAUAUUUUAAAUAAAAAUAGAAAAUAAUUUUAAAACUUAUUGAUACAGGUUAGAUGAAUUAAUUAAAUGAUAAGGUGUAAUUUUUAACAGAUAUUGUUGGAACAGAAAAUUAUAGAGCUCCAGAAUAUUACUUAUAAAAUAUAAAAUAUAAUGAGAAAGUAGAUAUUUGGGUUCUUGGUCUCAUAUUUUAUCAUUUGAUUACAGAUUAAAUUUUAAUAUAAAAAAGAAGAUAAAUAAGAGAUUAAUAAUAUCUAAUUUAAAAAAUCGAAUCAAAUUAAAUUUCUAAUGAAAAUAUACAAGAAUUACUUUUGAAAAUGCUUGAAUAAUCUUAUCAUUUAAGAUGGUCUGCUAAAUAAAUUAAAUUAGAACUAUAGAGGAUUAUUGAAAAUAUUGAAUUAAAAGAAGAAUUAUAGAAAUUAAGAAAACAAUUUGAGGUAUUUGAAAACAAAUACAUAACUAUUAUGGAUACUAAUUAAUCAUUAUAAAAUUAAAUUUAAAAUUUAAAUCAGAAAAUUAGUUAGUUAGAUUAGUAAUUGCAAGAAUCAAAUUAGAAAUAUAAUAAUCAAAUUGAAACUAUUAAAAAAAAUCAAGCAUAAAUUUAAAUAGGUUAAGAAAUUAAUACUAAUUUUAAGUUUUAAAUUAGUUAAUUAGAAUAGUAAUGUGAAUAAUUAAAAAUUGAAUAAGAUUAAUAUAAAAAUCAAAUACUUUUUCUAUAAGAAGAAAAAAUAAAAUAUUUAGAGUAAAAUUAAAUCAACUAAAAUUUUAAUAAUAAAAAUAAAAUUGAUUAAUCAAUUCAAUCUGAUUAAAUCUCUUUAAAACAUAAAAAAUUGAUAUUAUUUGGUCUUCCAGGUGCUGGUAAGACAUGGAUUUUUAGUAAAUUAUAAGGAUCUAACUAAAAAUAUUAAAAUAAAAGUACUAAAGAUUUUUUAGAAUAAUUUAUUAAUGACCAUAAUAUUACAAUUGUUGAUUCGCCUGUUUUUUUAGAUUAAUAAAGCUAUGAUGAAAGAGAAGUUACUUAUAAUAAUUAUAAUUCAUAUUUUUAAAAGAAUUAAAUUGAUGAUAUUGUCUUAGUAGUUUAAUAUUAAAGAACUGAUUUGAUGAAAUCAUAAAUAAAACACUGUCUCAAAUAUUUUAAAAAUAUUACAGCUGUAAUUGUAACUAAGUUUAUUAAUUCAGAGAUUAUUACUUAAGAUCAAAAAGAAUAACUGAUAAAUUAAUUUUAAUUUUGUAAUUCAAUUAUCUAUUUUACAAAUAAGGAUUCUAGUUAAACAGAAUUAUUAGAUAUCUUUUAUUAAAUAAGAAUAUCCCUAAACUAAAAACAAACAAAUUUUAAAGAAAUUUUUACAAAAUAUGUUAAUUGA